GCUUAUACAACAUUCGGGCGUUUUUAGUCGUCGACAGGGUCAUUCUGUUGAGUAUCUAGAGUAGUCUGAGGUUUAUUUUCAGGGCGAGUCUUAAAAACUCAAAUAUAUUGGAUAUUUUGAUAUUUGUUGCGAUGUGUGAAGGUUAUGUAUUGUGUCUUUAUCUUUCAAACUGUUCACUUUUUGCUCUGGAAAUGUGACGUUUUUGACGUUCUCUGAAGCUUCGCCGUAACCUCACUUUCACUCUCCUAAUUUGUAUGGGCAUUGGGCAAAUUUCCUGUUUUAUUGAAAAUGGAAAAUACACGAAUAUUUGUAAGUGAUCUCCCAGAAAAUAUAGCUCAGGACCAAUUGGAGAGCAGAUUUUCUAAAUAUGGCCAAGUGAAUUCAAUUGAAAUAAAACAGCGAAAGGAAUUGGGGCCCAAUCAGUGCCCACGUUUCGCUUACAUAAAUCUUGUUACCGACCACAGAAGGUUAAAUCAGUGUUUUAAGGAGUUUUCAUCAGUGGCAUGUGCUGGCCACUAUCUGCAAUUGCAAAUUGCCAAAGAAAACUUCCUGGAAAGACUGAAGCGCGAAAGACAAGAAGCUGAUCAGGCCGGAAACAAAGUGGAAGUGCAGACAAGCAUAAAAAGUGAGGAUGUGGACAAAGGCAAACCCAUUUACAGUCAGCCUGCCUUCAAGCAGAACGCACACAAAACAAAUGGCAAAACGAUCAACGAACCAGAAAUCGUACCUAAAAAGAAACGCAUAAAAAUAGAAAAUAUAGGAAAGCUAGACGAUUUCGAAGAACAAACGGAUAUCAUUAUAAAGAACAACAAGGGCAAGCUUUUGCAACCCACCUUAAAAAUAGCUUCAACCACUCAAAAUUCGAUCGCGAAACCAGCAACGGACACCAAAAAGAAUGACUCUGAUGCGAACAUCAAACGGCUGCAAUCGUUGAAAAACAUGAAAGAAAGAUACGCGGCUAAAAAGCAUUUGAUACAAUCUGGUUUGUCAAGUGUGGGGGAAAAACCCAACAAAAAAAUUGUCUUUGACGAUGAAGCAGACAACAAUCGCACAAAUAGAACAACGAAUGGUGUGAAAAGGCCUGCCCUCUUUGACGAUGAUGAUGUCGAAGAUCCUGACGAUUUCGAAGCAAAUUUCGAUGUGAAGGAACAGUUUGAAGGGCCAAGUGGGCAAAAGCUUUUAGAACUGCAGUCGCGCUUCAAGAACGACAAGCGGUUUAAUUUGGAUAAGCGGUUUAUCGAAGAUAAUGAGGACAUUGACCAAGAGCCAGAUGAGAAAGAUGAUGAUGAUGCUGAUCUAGAAGCGGAGAAGUACGAUCAGCUGAAAAUAUUGGAGGAUGUUUUAGGGAAGAAAAUCAUCAAAAAGUCCAAUCGGGAAGAAACUUUCACCAGAAAAACUAUGUUGAAAUAUGACCCGACCAGACCAGAGCAUUCAAGCUUGAUCCUCAAACCGGAUGCUGAAGUAGUGAAAAGUGACGGAAAAGUUAAGAAAAAAGGACAGGACGAAUGCAAGGAACCAGAACCUGAGGUGUCCAAGGAAAUAUUUUACAAAGUUCCAGAAUCGCUAAAGACUGUUUUUGAAGGGAGCAACAGGCAGUUUAGCUUGUUGAGCGCUUUUGGUAAACCCGAAAAAAUUGAAGAAGCAAAUGCUGAAGAACUUCCAGCCAAGACAAUAACAUCCUUGUCGAAUUACCCGAGUCACAAUCCUUUUAAGCACGAUUCUUCUGACGAAGAAAACGAAGCAGAAGACAUUCCUCACAAGGGCACAGCCGAGCCAUCUGGGCCUAAAAGUGACUUGCAGCAAAACAAUCUAAGGAGUAGCCAAACGGUGUUUUGGACAGAACCGUUCUUUUUUAAGAUUGAUGAUUUCAGAUUACAAGAGGGUUUCGAUUUCAUUGAAAAAAUGAAAGCAAGCGAAAAGGAAUUUGUUAGCGUCCGCCGGCAGGUGAAAGAAAUCGUCAAGUCGAAGGUCCGAAACAAUGAACGGAAGAUUAAGAUGUUUAAGAAUAAACUGGGCGGCUCGAAGAAGCGGAAGCACAUCAGAAUGAAGAAAGCCCUGAAGCGAUGAAGGGGUUAAAUGUAAAAAAGCAAUGUUUUAACCAUUAAAUUGUGAGAGAACUUUA